UCAAACUGAAUUAAUAAGCAAGAUGUCAAGAAGCAGCGAACAACCUCUAAUAUCAGAUCUGAAUAUUGUUCUGUUGGGAAAGACUGGAGCAGGAAAGAGUGCAUCAGGAAACACCAUCUUGGGUGGAGACAGAAACACAUUUGAAGUAGAUUUUUCUCCCUCGUCUGUGACGAAAAUUUGUAGAUCAGAACAAACAGUGGUAAAUGAACCAACUAUAAAUGUGAUUGACACUGUAGGACUACCUGAUACAAAAAAGGUGUUUACAGAUGUUCAGCCCAAAAUAGAGCAGAUAUUCGCUUGUACACAUGGUGUUGAUGUGUUUCUGCUGGUGAUUAGCUUGGAUGUGAAAUUCACAGAGGAGAGCAGAAAAGUUGUGAAAUGUAUCGAGGAUAAUUUUGGAGCAAAGGCCUGUAAACACACAAUAGUGCUCUUUACUCAUGGAGAUCAGUUACAUGUGCCAAUAGAGACUUAUCUGCUAAAGUCUUCACUACUGCAGUCAGUAGUUGAUCAGUGUUCAGGAGGAUGUCAUGUUUUUAACAACAACGAUGGCGAUCAAUCUCAAGUCACUGAGCUUCUGAAAAAGAUCGAGUCUCUGAGGAAGAAGAAUGAAUACAGGAGAUACACCGAGCAGGACUAUAAGAAGACUCAGGAUGAACUUCUACGUUCAAAAUGUCUUGCUGGAGCAGCAGUAGGAGGAGGAGUAGGAGGUGUAUUAGGGGGAGCAGGAUGUGUAGUAGCUGCUAAAGCAGGAGCAGUUGCAUUAACUGCAGGAAAGAUAGCAACAAUAGGAGCAGCAGGAACAGUAGGAGGAGCAGCUCUGAUAGCAGCAGCAGCUGGUUUUGGAGUGUAUUUAUUGGCAAGAAAAUAUGUCUGCAACUCAGAAACAGGGGAGAAUAGGAACAAGAAACAUAACUGA